AUGUUAAACUUUAUACUUACUGUCAGUGAUUUUGCUGCGAUAGAGAGAGGUUGUCUGAGGCGUAUCUCUGAACUCCUUGACGAGUCCUUGCAAGAAGAUUUGAACGACACCAUUCUAGAUGAAAGGCCAGUUCAGUUUGAAGUAUUAGAGAAGGGGAGCAAAAGAGGUGGAAAGCUGCUUGUCGCCUCCGAUGGGUUUACAUAUGGAGUGAAGGCCAAGGAGAUUGCCAGACAGCAGGUGUUCCGACAGGCUCGGGACAUCGUUGAGAGUACAGUGGCAGAUCAGAUGGGCGAUGGCCAGAGAUUCCUAGCUCCAAAGACAUCAAACAUUGUUCCCAGCCUCCUGAAGCCAAAUGGACAGCUACUUUCCAUCCAUGCCUUUGUCCAUAAAGAUGGAAAAUCCAUGCAAUUCCCAUUGGUCUUUGCGCUAAUGUCCAGGCGGCGCAAGGAAGACUAUGUUGAGGUCUUCAGGGCAGUUCAGCAGAAGCUUGAUGGUGUUGCCGUGGAAAUGAUGACUGCAGAUUUUGAAGCAGGUAGUUGGCAUCGCAGGAUGAACGUGAAGGCCCAGGGGUUGUCUCUCCCACUGUACCAGAUCAUCCCCUUGUUGCUGAGGGAAGGAGAGCUCGUGAAAACAAGGAUCGCCGCCUGUGACCUGGAGAGGAACGUUAGACAGCUAGUGACCACCACGCAGAAGAAGAUAGAAGAAGCUGCAGCCAAGUACAUGGAUGACAACAUCACAGCAUCCCAUUUCCUGAAGGUGUGUGGUUCCAUCUAUGCUGGUGUUUUCGAUGUUUGAGGUAUUCAUGUGACAGAUGUGAUUAACUGUGAUUCAUGCCCUAGCUGUGAUUUACUGUGAUUCAUGCACUGUGAUCUAUAAUGCCAUUCUUUUAUAAUGUGUCAUAUUGUGUAUGUAUUGAAAGAUACAUGUAACUUAUUUAUUUACUCUGCAUA